CAGAAGUGUUGUUUGCGACAUUCUACUUACUAUCUGACUCGUUUAAUUAAAUAACGGCGAAGAUCGGAUUUCCAGCUAGUACUCCGGAGUACAGUGUAUGGUGUCAUAGCUUUUCCGUUAAGCCUCUUCUUUUCCUCUUUUGGUUUUUCCUCAGGCGGUGACUCUCUCUCUCUCUCUCCCCCCUCCUCUCAGCUCUUCACACCUGUUUUCCCUCUUUUCUUCUUCUUUUCUCCUUCAGCUCUCCUCAGUCUUACCUCCUUCAUUCCCUAAUUACCUCAAAAUCCACCAACCGGCGCCCUUCCGGCUUCUUCCAGUCGCGAGGAUUGCCAUGACCAUCUUUCUCCGCCGAUAAAAACCGCGACCACUGCUACCACCACACCUCACAUCUAUUGAUUCCUUUCUAACCCGAAUGAGAACCAUAUUUUGUUCCAGUCUGCAAUGACCUUACAAUGUCAUGGCCCGAUUUGGGCCAUCGAUGAUGUUUCUCGCUGUUUCCAGCGCAACUAUCUCCAAUUCAUCUUACCAUUAACUGCCUGCGGUCUUUCUCUCCUAUUGAUCCUCCUUCGUAUCGCCUACCAACUGGUCGUGUCCCGUCAACGUGCGGCUUACAAGAUUUUACCCAACCAUGCGGUGGAUGACGAUACUCCCAAUGGCCAGGCUGUACAACCCGUGGAGAAUGAGAACCCCGACGAGUCGGAUCCCAUGCUCUCCAAGGCGACCCAAAGUGAACAGCUGUCGGUGGAAAUUGAUCGCCCUCGUGGUCAGAUCGCGCUGAUUGUCUUCGAAAUUGUCGCCCUGGUGGCUCAGGUCGUUCUCUUCGUCGUCGUGCUCUCUACCGAUGGCUGGGGUCAUCAUGGUUCGCUUCCUGCGAUCGGAAGAUUGGUCUCUUGGGGAUAUAUUCUGUUCCUGGUGUUGGUCCGACUGGUCCUGUCGACUCUGGACCUCGACUCGCUGCCUAGAAUUUGGAACCAUACGGCCGUUCUAUAUGGCUUACAGUGGAUCUUCACCGUCCUCAUUUUCCGAUCGGCACUCAUCCACCCCAUGUCGAAACGAGCCAUGACGUUCAACGUGGUCGAGUUCGCGUUAUCCUCGGUGCUGUUGUCCGUUACACUGCUGUCUCGUCGAGGAAACAAGCCGGUCUGGGUUCCGCGCGAAGAUGGUUUGGAGCCCCCGAGACACCCAAUGGCAAGCUUGUUUUCAUUGGCCACUUUCUCGUGGUUGAGCCCCCUGAUCUACAAGGGUUACCGGCAGCCUUUGGAGCUCCAUGAUAUCUGGAACCUGACCACGUCGCAGAAGGCUGCAGCCGUCCUUCAAGAUUUCCGUCACAAACAGCCCGAGGGCAAGUUGGUGUGGAGGCUUGGUCGUUAUUUUUACGGUACUCUAUUGCUACAGGGCGCGUGGACCGUCUUCUCGAAUCUCUUCACCUUUUUGCCAACGGUGCUCCUUCGCGUUAUCUUGCAGUAUGUCGAAGACCCUCGGUCCACCACGCCAAACGCAGCCUGGCUCUUUGCCAUCCUGUUGUUCUGCUCGAGCUCCAUCCAGGGAAUUGCCGAUGGACAGUCUCUCUGGAUUGGUCGUAAGCUGGGAGUGAAACUGCGUGCGAUCAUCAUUGGUGAAAUCUACACCAAAGCGCUGAGGCGCAAAGCGGGCGCGUCCACAGAUUCGGCCCCAAAGAAGCCCCAGGAACCAGCCAAGAGCAAUAAGAAGAAUAGCAAGUUCUUUUCUUUUGGUCGUAAGAAGAAGCAACAGCAGCAGUCUAACGGCACCGCCGACCCCGAAACCGCCUCCGCGAACAAAGACGAUGACAAACCAGAUCAGGUGGCCAACAUUGGAACCAUCAUUAACCUAAUGGCCAUCGACUCCUUCAAGGUCAGUGAAGUGGGUGCUUAUCUACACUUCCUGUGGGCCAGCGUGCCGGUUCAGGUCAUUAUUGCCGUCACUCUGCUCUACCAGAUCAUGGGCUUCAGUUCAUUUGCAGGCAUUGCGCUCAUGGUCCUCAUGCUGCCGGUGAACCUGUUGAUCGCCAAACAAUUUACCAAAGUCCAGAAGCAGAUUCUCGCCGGUACGGACGCUCGAAUCCACGCGACAAACGAGAUUCUUCAGAACAUCCGCAUUAUCAAGUACUUCGCCUGGGAGCAACGAUUCCAAGACAUCGUGGACGAGAAGCGUCGGGCAGAGCUCAAGGCCCUCCGCUUCCGCUACAUCAUCUGGUCAACUGCGGCUACUGUCUGGUAUGGAACACCAAUCCUCAUCACGUUCACGUCGUUCCUGCUGUACACGGCUGUAGAGCACAAGCGCUUGACCCCCUCGAUUGCGUUCCCGGCUUUGUCGAUGUUCUCUCUGCUCCGAGUGCCGCUGGACCAGCUGGCUGAUAUGGUCGCGCACGUCCAAGAGUCCAAGGUCUCCUUGGAUCGUGUGGACGAAUACUUGAACGAAGAGGAGACAGAAAAGUUUACUCAGCUCCACGAUACCAAUGUUACUGGGGAACCACCAAAAAUUGCCAUGGAGAAGAUGACCUGCUCUUGGGCCUCUUCCAAUGGACGCACACAGGGUGACGUCGCCAAUGACACGGACGCAUUCCGCUUGAUCAACAUGGACAUCGAUUUUCACGUCGGGAAACUCAAUAUCAUCGCGGGUGCCACUGGUUCCGGUAAGACGUCUUUGCUUAUGGCCCUUCUGGGUGAGAUGAACCUCGUAGACGGCACCAUCUAUCUGCCCGGUGGAUCGGCCAACCGAACUGAGCUUCCUGUCAACCCUCAAACUGGACUCAUCGAGAGUGUGGCUUAUUGCGCGCAGGAGGCGUGGCUGGUCAACGAUACGGUCAAGGGCAACAUCGUCUUUGCUUCGCCAUGGGACCAGCGCCGCUACAAUGCGGUCAUCAAGGCUUGUGCGUUGGAACGCGACCUGGCCAUCCUUGACGCGGGUGAUCAGACCUUGGUCGGUGAAAAGGGUAUCAGUCUUUCGGGGGGGCAGAAACAACGAAUUUCUUUGGCGCGUGCCAUCUACAGCAAAGCCCGACACCUCUUGCUGGAUGACUGUCUCAGUGCUGUCGACUCGCACACAGCCAAGCAUAUCUUCAGCGAAGCGCUAAUGGGUCCGCUGAUGAUGCAACGGACGUGUAUUCUGGUGACGCACAAUGUGGCUUUGACCAUCCCGCAAGCAUCGCAUGUUGUUGUCCUCGAGAACGGCAAGAUCGCGUCCCAAGGCCACCCGGAUAAGGUUGCAGCGUCCGGUGCUCUGGGUGAAGAGAUGCUCAAGUCGCGACCGACCUCUCGCUCAGGUUCCCAGCGUAUCUCCCGCGUGCCUUCGGACCUGGAACGACACCGCGACGAGGAGCCACCGUCUGCUAAUGGUACGGCAAAUGGCAAUUCUACUGGCCAGGCUGAUAAGGGUCAGGGCGAAGAUGCCAAGCCCAACCUUGUCGAAAAGAAAGCCGUCGGCAGUGUUAAAUCGUCGACCAUUGUCAUGUACCUUCGCGCGAUGGGACCCUGGUACUUCUGGAUUGCCGCCUUGCUGGUUUUCUGUCUGGAGCAGUUUGGAUCUGUGUCGACUAAUCUCUGGAUCCGGGAGUGGGCCAACGCUUAUCAGAGUGAGGAUUCCGCUCCGAACGAUGACACUGGUCGUUUGGCGGCCAUAACCGACCUUAAGAUGCCAUCUUUCAAUGCUGGGAGUGUUCCUCGCACGACAAUCACACGUGUUCCUCAUCUUGGCGCGCAGUCUGCCGGCGUCCAAGGUGCGAAUGAAGUCAACGUUUCUUACUAUCUCGGAAUCUAUCUUCUGCUCGGUUUUGGCUACCUGGCUAUCGCUCUGGUUAGAGAAGCGAUCCUUUUCUGGGGUUCCCUGAAUGCGUCGUCCAAGAUCCACAAACGUCUCCUGAAGACUGUCAUGCAUGCCAAGUUCCGUUUCUUUGACUCCACGCCCUUGGGUCAGCUCAUGAACCGAUUCUCCAAGGAUGUCGAGGCUGUCGACCAGGAAGUGGCUCCCGUGGCAAUCGGUAUGGCACACUGUCUUGCGUCUGUGGUGAUGAUCGUGGUUUUGAUUUCCGUGAUCACGCCCGGUUUCCUAAUUGCCGGUAUUUUCGUGACCAUGCUUUAUGUCGCUCUGGGUGCUGUGUACGUGAACUCGUCUCGUGAUCUCAAGCGACUCGAGUCGGUUCAGCGGAGUCCUCUGUACCAGCAGUUUGGCGAAACUUUGAACGGUAUCGUUACCAUCCGUGCCUAUGGCGAUGGCCCGCGGUUCAUCGUCGACAACCACAUCCGCAUCAAUUCCUACAACCGCCCUCAUCUCUACCUCUGGGCUAGUAACAGAUGGCUGGCGCUCCGAGUUGACAUCGCGGGUGCUUUGGUUUCCUUCUUCUCGGCUGCUUUUGUGCUGAUCAACAGCAAAACUAUCGACGCCGGUGCGGCUGGUUUGUCGUUGACGUAUGCCGUCACCUUUACCGAAAAUGUGCUGUGGCUCGUCCGUCUGUACUCUGAGGUGCAGCAGAGCAUGAACUCGGUCGAGCGAGUGAAGGAGUACCUCGACGUUGACCAAGAAGCGGAUGCAGUCCUUGCUGAGUCGAGACCUCCAGCGAACUGGCCGGACAAGGGUGCUGUGGAAUUCUCCGAGUACACCACGCGGUACCGCCCUGAUCUCGAACCCGUUUUGCGUGAGGUGUCGUUCUCAGUGCGACCGGGUGAGAAGGUCGGCAUUGUGGGUCGCACCGGAGCUGGAAAGAGUUCUCUGGCAUUGGCACUCUUCCGCGGUCUCGAGGCAGAGAAAGGACGGAUUGCCAUUGACGGCGUGGACACUGGCGCCAUUGGCUUGCGAGACCUGCGCGAGGCCAUUACUAUCGUCCCACAAGAUCCAACUCUUUUCACUGGAACAAUCCGGAGCAACCUCGACCCGUUCGGCUUGUUCACUGACGAGCAAGUCUUUACGGCGCUCCGUCGUGUGCACCUGAUUGGCUCCAGCACGUCUGGCUCCGUGACCCCGUUGACCACGCAAACCGCUAGCACCGCUUCAUCCACCGUGGCGCCGUCGAACGGUCCACAGGAAACCGGUACUGCCGACAACAAGAACAUCUUCUACAACCUGGAGAGUCCAGUGUCAGAGUCCGGUUCCAACCUGUCACAGGGACAGCGCCAGCUCCUCUGCCUGGCUCGUGCACUUCUUAAAAAUUCCCGCGUUCUCAUGAUGGAUGAAGCGACGGCGUCCAUCGACUACAGCACAGAUGCCAAGAUCCAGGAGACGCUCCGUGAACUGCGAAACAGCACCAUCAUCACGAUCGCGCACAGACUCCAGACCAUCAUUGACUACGACAAGGUCCUGGUGCUGGAUCACGGAAAGGUGAUUGAGUACGACCACCCGUGGGCACUUAUCACCAAGGAAGACGGACUCUUCCAGAGUAUGUGUCAGAACAGUGGGAAUAUGGAUGGCUUGGUGGAGGGUGCGAAGAGGGCGUGGGAGCACAAGCGGCUGGUUGAUGAUUCUUGAUUGCUUUUGCUAAGGAUUUAUGUUGACUAGUUGAUUCUGGUUUCUUAUUCUUAGUAGUAAUCUUUUAUUUGUGGUUUAUGCGAGGUAUAAAAAAAAAAUAAUGUUAUG